UCGGCUCGGGGGAGGCCGCGCCGGUCGGGACUCCCGCCAGUAGGGAGCGGGCCGCGCGGGACGGAGGCAGGUCGGCGGCGGAGAGGGAGCCGGGCCGCGGGGGGGAGCAGCUGCAGCGGGACGAACGCGCGGGAUAUUAGAAAUGGCUACUCCCCAGUCAGUUUUCGUCUUUGCGAUUUGCAUUUUAAUGAUAACAGAAUUGAUCCUGGCCUCAAAAAGCUACUAUGAUAUCUUAGGUGUGCCAAAAUCUGCUUCAGAGAGACAAAUAAAGAAGGCCUUUCACAAAUUAGCCAUGAAGUACCACCCCGACAAAAAUAAGAGCCCUGAUGCUGAAGCAAAAUUCAGAGAGAUUGCAGAAGCAUAUGAAACUCUCUCAGAUGCUCAUAGGCGGAAAGAGUAUGAUACAGUUGGACACAGUGCUUUCACUAAUGGCAAAGGACAAAGGGGGAGUGGAAGUCCUUUUGAGCAGUCUUUUAACUUCAAUUUUGAUGACUUAUUUAAAGACUUUAAUAUUUUUGGCCAGAACCAAAACACUCGGUCCAAGAAGCAUUUUGAAAAUCAUUUUCAGACACGCCAGGAUGGCUCCAAUAGACAGCGGCAUCAUUUCCAGGAGUUUUCUUUUGGCGGUGGAUUGUUUGAUGAUAUGUUUGAAGAUAUGGAGAAAAUGUUUUCUUUUAGUGGCUUUGAGACCACCAAUCGACACACAGUACAGACUGAAAAUAGAUUUCAUGGAUCUAGUAAGCACUGCAGGACUGUCACUCAACGAAGAGGAAAUAUGGUCACUACAUAUACUGACUGUUCAGGACAAUAGUUGGUUCUUCCUGUUUCCACUAAGCCCUCUUCGUUUAUUCUUUCUCACUAUGUCUGAUGAAAACAGGUUUUUUGAACUAUUUUGACAAAUGCAUGAUUUCACAUAACAUUAAGCCAUUGGUUGUAGGUAUUCAUAUAUUAAUUUUUUUGACAGAGUCAAUCACAUUCAGCUAGCAGACAACUCUAAUUAUUAAUUUUCCUGAUUAGGAAAAGUUCUUCUGAAAGAAGAUCAUUUGCAAGAUCUUUUUUUCUUUACCUAUCCUUUAACUCUUUAAUUUGGCCACACACCCCCAAAAAAUCCACAAACAAAAUUCAAUUUGUCUGGUACAUACUUAAGAUUAAACUUUAAAAGAUAAAUAGUGUGAACUUGAAUAAUUUUUGCAGUGAAACCUCUGCUAAUUUAAAAUCGCAUGCCCUGUAGCACCUGUGAGUUGGGUUACUAAAUGUCUGUGAAACUAAUUGAGUCAGUGAAGGAGAUAGUAGGCUCCUGGCUAAUUGCCACUGAAUGCUUUAGAAAGUGGUGGUUUGAUAUUUAUCACAAAAAGAUGCCUCUUCUGCAGUAGAAUUGGUGUAACAGGAAUGAUUGUAUUGCACGUAGUUAAGCUGAAAAAGUUUAAAACUUAAGAUGAAAUAUUUGCCAAGAGAUUGUGUUUGGUCCUGGGCUAAUGAUUUUGUAUGGUCAAAAUCAUAGCUACUUAAACAUCUUCUUUUUCUUUUUUGUUGACUUUCUGGGUCUUAGUAUUAGUUUAUGUAUUUUGUUUUUUUUUUUUUUUUUUUUUUUUUGGUGUGUGUGUGUUUUAGGCUUUGGGGUUUUUUUUUUUUUUUUUUUUUUUUUGGUGUGUAUGUGUAUAGUUCUCUUGGACUUACCUUUAUCUAGAGAUUGACUAAUACCUCAUUCUUUUUAUAAAAGCAGCCAGUAAUUUCUGUGCAACCUUUUAUGUGCAAUAUUUUUAAAUCCUAAGAAAUGUGUGCUUUUGUUGUUAGAGUUAUUUCUUUAGUUCUGCACUUUUCCAUGUUAUACUCUGUACAAGUGUUAAUCCUAUGGAUGCAUAUGAAAAUAGUAAUGUCUCAUGCAAUAUUGUGUGUGAGUGAGAAAUACAAAUAUUUACAACCCGA